ACAUGUUACUUAAUUCUUUUACAGGAAAACUUAAAUGUAAAUACAAACCAGGGCCCUGGGAACCCUGUGAUGAAACCACAGAUACCAUGUCUAAAAUACUGACCCUGACCUCUGGUGACCGUAGAAACUGUCAGCCCACCAAGGUCAUGCGAAGGUCAUGCCGAAAAUCAUGUCAGUACAGGCGUGGUAAGUGGGGGCGCUGUAAUUCUUCCACCGGACUCAUCCAAAGACAGGACCGGCUCAAACCUAACAGCGCCAAAUUCUGCGCUCAGUAUCGAACUCUCACAAAAAAGUGUAAACGGAGCAGAAAAAGGAAUUCCUGUAAGUACAAGGUGGGUGAGUGGGGACCAUGUGACCCGACCACACAGAGCAGAACCAAGGUCAUGACCCUGGUACGGGGGAACGCCAUUCGAUGUAAGCCGACCAAGGAGAUACGACGGAAGUGUGUCCGACCGGACGGCACGGAUCGGUGUUUCUUUGGACAAUGGAAAGACUGGGAGGGGUGUUUGAAUGGCGUACAGAAAAAGCACAGAGAGGUCCUACAAGGAGGAGAGGAGUGUCAGAAGCGGGCGGUCAGAACCCGCGGCUGUUAGGGGCCCCACAAUCGACUGUUAAAGAGGCCCCACAAUGGACGGUUAAAGACUUUGUCAGGACCUAACAAGGAACUGUCAGGGCCUGUUACAAAAAGAAGUGAAGAAAAGCAGAAUUUUUUAAUUCCUUUUUUUUUUUUUGAGUGAAGUGUAGGAACAAUACAUUGGAGGGUGUAUAACCAUUAUUUAUCCUGAGGGAUUUCAUUGUAUAUUAUUCAGAGUAGCAUUGGAGGUGGAUCAAUGUAGUAUCAAACUCUGAUGAUUUCUAUAUUAUUAAUUUAGUUCCAUGAACUAUUUAUUUGUUACCAUGGUUAUGUGUUCAUAUUUUUACCCUGAUAAAGGUAUGGUCACACAAUGUACCGGUAUCUAUUUUUCAAAUUUCUUUAGAAUUGCUGCAUGGCGACUUAUUCACUCUAAACAAUUUCCAUCAGAUGGAGUCAAACAAAAGAUGGACACCAGUGAUGUAUCAUAACAGUUAAACUUGCUGAUAAGAGAGUCAUGAAAAUAUACAGUAAAACACGGUUAUAGCAAACACUCUUAUAAUGAAUUGACGCUUACAACGAAACGAUUUUCAUUUCCCGUGGC